CCACGUGAGGGCCAGGAUUGGCUGGCUCUGGAGGGUCGGGUGGUCCGGUUUCUACUGUCACGUGGUGUGCGCUGUUUUCUUAUCACGUGGCUGCCGCCCAGGCCGCUCUGCUCCUGUCGCUUCUUUGGAUGCCAGCGCUGCUGCCUGUGGCCUCCCGCCUUGUGUUGCUACCCCGAGCCCUGCUGUCCAUGGCUUCAGGAAGCCCCCCGACCCAGCCCUCGCAGGCCUCGGGCUCUGGCUAUGUUCCCGGCUCCGUCUCUGCAGCCUUUGUCACCUGCCCCAACGAGAAGGUUGCCAAAGAGAUCGCCAGGGCUGUGGUGGAGAAGCGCCUGGCAGCCUGUGUCAACCUCAUCCCUCAGAUUACAUCCAUCUAUGAGUGGAAAGGAAAGAUUGAAGAGGACAGUGAGGUGCUGAUGAUGAUUAAAACCCGAAGUUCCUUGGUUCCGGCUUUGACAGAUUUUGUUCGUUCUCUGCACCCUUACGAAGUGGCCGAGGUGAUUGCAUUGCCUGUGGAGCAGGGGAACUCCCCAUACCUGCAUUGGGUGCACCAGGUUACGGAGGCAGUUUCUGACUCCAGCACAGUUCUACCCUGACGAGCCCUGUUCCUGCCAUGUUUCCCUCAUAUACUUCAAUGCCCUCUGACUUUCAGGUGAUGACUGGGUCCCUAAUAAAUCCUGUCUUUGGUUCUUGCCA